AUGAAUCUCUUCUCUUUGACCGGUCGGACCGCCUUGGUCACUGGAGGCACCCGGGGCAUUGGCCAGGCUAUGGCGCUGGCCUUAGCAGAAGCCGGGGCCGACAUUGUCUUAGUACAACGAGAUACCAGCAACUCCAGCACAAAAGAACAGAUCGAGCAACUGGGCCGCAAAGCCACCAUCUAUACGGCGGAUCUGUCCUCACAGGACUCCGUGUCCUCUCUCGUUCCGGCCAUCCUCGGCGACGGCCACGAUAUAGACGUCCUGCUCAACUGCGCCGGUAUCCAACGCCGACAUCCGAGUCAUGUCUUUCCUCAAGAUGAUUGGGACGAGGUAGGUCGUUCUGCUUUUGCCUUCGUUGUGCCGAAGCGUUGCUUACACUGGCCCGUUCUCCAGGUCCUCCAGGUCAACCUGACUACCAUCUUCACGCUAUGUCGCGACGUCGGCGCGCACAUGCUCACGCGAACGGCAAAUGCCGCCGGCCAACGCGGCAGCAUCAUCAAUAUCGCGUCACUUGUGUCCUUCCAGGGCGGCCUAACCGUGCCCGCCUACGCGGCUGCCAAAGGCGGCGUCGCGCAGCUGACCAAGGCCCUCUCGAACGAGUGGGCUGCUAAGGGUAUCAACGUCAAUGCCAUUGCGCCGGGGUAUGUCGCCACGGACAUGAACACAGCGCUGAUGCAGGACCCUGAGCGGGCGGCGAGCAUUCUCGCACGCAUCCCGGCGGGCCGAUGGGGUAGCCCGGAGGAUUUCAAGGGGUCGGUCGUGUACUUGGCGAGCCGAGCGAGUGCGUAUGUGAGUGGGGAGGUGUUGACUGUUGAUGGGGGCUGGAUGGGUCGGUAA